AACAACACCACACCAUGGACAUGGAAGAAUACUUUGGCCUGCCAUACUUGUGCUUCUACGGCUCCUGCUUCCUGCUUGCAGUCGUAGCCCGUGUCCUGCUUCUCAGCGGCGAGAAAGCUGGCCCGCAGCGGCUGCCUCCGGGCCCAGGGCAGCUGCCGGUGAUCGGCAGCCUCCACCACCUGCGGCGGGGGCUCCCGCACCACACCAUCCGCGAGCUCUCGCUCCGUCACGGCCCGCUGAUGCUGCUAAGGAUCUGCGAGCGCACGGCCAUCGUGGUCUCCUCCGCUGAGGCUGUGGGGGAGAUGUUGAAGGGCCAUGACGCCGCCUUCUCAGAGCGGCCGAGCAGCCCGUGCAUCGAGGAGCUGUCGAGGGACGGUCAGGGAGUCAUCUUCGCGCCGUACGGCGACCACUGGCGCCUCCUGCGCCGCAUCCUCAUGACAGAGCUGCUCAGCAAGCGGCGCGUGGAGUCGUUCCGCCACAUCCGCGAGGAAGAGGCGGCCCGCCUGGUGUCGUCUCUGUCGUCCCUGCCUCCGGGACAGCCCGUCGACAUGGACGAGCGGCUGGAGGUGUUCGUCGCCGACUCCUCCGUGCGCGCCAUCUUGGGCGACCGGCUGCCGAACCGCGCCGCGUUCCUGAGGAUGAUCAAGGCAGGGCAGGAGCCCUCGUCGCUGUUCGACCUCCGCGACCUGUUCCCUUCGUCGUGGCUCGUGCAGAUGCUGCCGCGGAGCCGCAAGGCGGAGCGGCACCGGCAGGUGAUGUUCCGGCUGAUGGACGACAUCCUUGCGAGCCACAGCCAAAGGAGGAGCGAUAGCCAAGUUGGUGGUGGCGCCGAGCAGGAGGACAUGGUCGACGUGCUGCUGAGGAUCCAGAAGGAGGGCGACCUGCGUGUUUCUCUCAACCAUGGAGUCAUCAGGGCGGCGCUGAUAGACGUGCUUGGUGCAGCACUUGACACAUCAACGACUACCCUCCAAUGGGCUAUGGCCGAACUAAUCGCAAACCCAGCUGUGAUGCACAGGGCGCAGCUAGAGAUUCGGUGCGCAAUGUCAGGGCAACGACAAAGCGUGCAUGAGGCGCCUCUACAGGACCUGCAGUACCUCAAGGCAGUUAUCAAAGAGACCUUGCGACUCCAUCCUCCUGCCCCCUUCUUCCCAAGGGUAUGCUUGGAUGACCGCGACAUCCAGGGGUACCACGUGCCGCGGGGCACAAUGGUCAUUACGAAUGUUUGGGCUAUUUCCAGGGACCCUAAAUACUGGGAGGACCCGGACAUGUUUCUACCAGAAAGAUUUCUGGACGGUGACCACCGCUCGUUGGACUACAAGGGGCUCGAUUUUCACUUCACUCCCUUCGGGGCUGGCCGGAGGAUGUGCCCUGGGAUAAGCUUCAGCCAUAUGAAUGCUGAGAUCGCUCUGGCCAGCCUCCUGUACCAUUUUGAUUGGGAGCUGCCAGAUGGAGAGGAGAUUGACAUGACAGAGCUGUGGGGUGUUACUGUCAAAAGGAAGGCUAAGCUACUUUUACAUCCCAUUCCUCGUAUUCCAGCGGAUUAAUUCAUGAACCACAAAACAUGUUUCGCAUCCCCCCGUUCCUUGUAAUCACUA